UCAUUGCGGCCAUUAAUGUGGUCAUUAAUGGAGAACUCACCCCGUGAGGGGUUCCACCGUUUAGAUUUUUCGGGCCGUCUCUCCUUCCUCCUCUCCGUCUCCGUCAUUGCCAUGAGAGCCAGCGUUACUUCGGUGUUUGCCAGGAGGAUUGCGAACUGUUCCUGUCGCUGUCUCCGCCGUGGCAUGGCGGGGUGGUUUGUACGAUCUAUGCCUCUUCUACUUUGCUUAGAUGGCUGCGAAGGCACAUAACCUUCAGCAACUCACCGGAUCCGGUAGGAUGCGGCCACCGGUGUAGAUGGCUAUAGGGAUUUGGCCGGAUUUGAUAGGAUUUAUGGGUUUCUGAUUUGACCCUGGGGUUUUCCUUUUUCCUUCCUUUUUUCCUUUGUCAAGCUUAUCUACUCAUCUGCCUGAUUUUUUGCCUAUAAAUAGCACCUCUUAUCUUGGUUUAGUUAUUAUUUCUUAUGCUUAUGCUUAUGGUUUUUCCUCUUUACUCUCCUAUUCUGUUAGCUCUUGGUUAUUCUAUUGGUUUUGUGCUACACCUGGUAGCGUGAGGUGUGGAAGUGUGGUUUUUAUCCUGGGCUCUGUGUGUUUUUUAUUAUGUAUGUCUUACUCUUCAUGUAUACUGAUAUGUUCCCCAUCCUCUGCUUCUUCCUGCAUGUGAAUAUUUGUCGUGUUGGUAGCCAGGCUGACUCUGUUGCUUGACGAGAAUCAAAUAUAGGUGUAUAAAUUUUGCUGCUCUUUAUUUUCCUGCUCUGUUUGCCAUACCGCAUGCUAACUACAUUCUUUUCUCUUUUUUUGCAUUGCAUGUUAAUUGCCUUUUUGCUGAAACGGUGGUAUUGGAAUGGCGGGCGAAACAUUGGUUUAGUAGCUUCCAAGGCAAGGAAACUUGAAGCUCAGAUAGAUGACCAGAUGAAUUCAUAUCGUAGGUUGGUUGCCACCAAACCUGAUGGAUCAGAGAAUGACCUUGAAUCUGGUAUAGAGAGACUACUGAAGCAACUUCAGCAAGUGAAUACACAGAUGCAAACAUGGGUAUCCUCAGGAGGGUCGGAAGUUCUUUCUCAUACCUUGACUCGUCAUAAAGAGAUUCUGCAGGACCUUACACAGGAAUUUUAUCGUCUUCGAGGAAGCCUUAGAGCUAAGCAAGAACAUGCAUCCCUCCUCCUCGACUUCAGGGAUUUUGACCGGGCGAAAUUGGAUGUUGAAGAGGGUGCUGGUUCGGAUGGGCAAGCUCUUCUCAGAGAACAAGCAGUAAUUAGCAGAAGUUCAGGACAGAUGGAUUCUUUGAUUUCGCAUGCCCAAUCAACUCUCGGAACACUUGUUCUUCAGCGCUCCACAUUUGGCGGCAUCAGCACAAAGAUAACCAAUGUUAGCAGCCGUCUUCCGGGGGUGAAUCAGAUCCUCUCAUCAAUUAGGAGGAAGAAAUCGAUGGACACCAUCAUUCUCUCUCUUGUUGCCUCCGUCUGUACAUUUCUCAUUUUCAUUUACUGGUUGUCAAAGUAAGGCAUAAAAUUGACAUCGCCUUGGAUUCAAUCUGUAAGUGCGUAUUAUUCUAGUUUUUGUUUGUAUUGCAACUAGAGUUGUCACACUGUUAUAUGAUAUAAUGAUCGGCUUCUGAAGUGCCCUUAUAGGACCAUGUAUUCUACCUUUCUUUUUGUCUUUCUCUGGGACAACUCCGUAUAGUUUCUUUCUUUCCAAUAAAUGUGUACAGUAGCUGUUUUGCUCAGCUUUUGACGUAAAAUUUACGUUCGAGAAUCAUGACUU